AUGACCUCCACCCUCACAGCCCUGCUCUGCUUUGGGCUGAGUCUGAGCCUCAGGACCCAUGUGCAAGCAGAAACUCUCUCCAAACCCAUCAUCUGGGCUGAACCAGACUCUUUGAUAACCCGAGGGAGCCCUGUGACCAUCUGGUGUCAGGGAACACUGGAUGCCCAGGAAUACCUACUGCGUGCACAGGGAAUGUUCUGGGACAAACAGAAACCACUGGAUCCUGGGAACAAGGCCAUGUUCAACAUUAAAUAUAUGACAGAGCACUAUGUGAGGGGAUACAGCUGUAACUAUCACACCCCUGCUGGAUGGUCAGACUACAGUGACAUACUGGAGCUGGUGGUGGCAGGAGUCUUCAGCAAACCCACCCUCUCAGCCCUGCCAAGCCCUGUGGUGACCUCAGGGGAGAAUGUGACCCUUCAGUGUGGGUCUGAGGGACUUAGCAAGUUUACUUUGAUUAAGGAAGGAGAACCAAAGCUCUCCUGGACACGGGAAUCACAGUCUCUCUCCAAUGGGCAGUUUCAGGCCCUGUUCCCUGUGGGCCCUGUGAUUCCUGGGCACAGGUGGACGUUCAGAUGCUAUGGCUAUUACAGAAACUUACCCCAUGUAUGGUCAGAGCCCAGUGACCCCCUGGAGCUCCUGAUCUCAGGAGCACCUGAUACCACCAGCCCCUCACAGAACAAGUCAGACUCUGAAACUGCCCCAUGCCCCCGGGAUCACACCAUGGAGAAUCUCAUCCGCAUGGGCAUCGCUGGCUUGAUCUUGGUGGCCCUGGGAAUUCUGCUGUUUCAUAAGUGGCAUGGUCAGAGAAGCUCCCAAGACGUCACCAGGAGUUUCCCCAGAGACAUCCCCACUUGGUAUCACCACACUGAUUACUGUUAUUCUACUCUCCAACUCCAUGAAUUACGCCCAGCUGGACUGGACAUUUAUUUUGACAACUUUGGCCGUGACAUCAGUGAUAAAGUGAUAAGAACCCUCCCCAAACCCAUCAUCUGGGCUGAACCAGACUCUGUGAUAACCCGGGAGAGCCCUGUGACCAUCUGGUGUCAGGGGACACUGGAUGCCCAGGAAUACAUAUUGUGUGCACCAGGAAGGUUCUGGGACGAACAGAAACCACUGGAUCCUCCAAACAAGGCCAGGUUCAACAUUGAAUAUAUGACAGAGCACUAUGCAAUGGGAUAUCACUGUUACUAUCGAAGUCCUGCUGGAUGGUCAGACCCCAGUGACAUACUGGAGCUGGUGGUGGCAGGAGUCUUCAGCAAACCCACCCUCUCAGCCCUGCCAAGCCCUGUGGUGACCUCAGGGGAGAAUGUGACCCUUCAGUGUGGGUCUGAGGGACUUGGCAAGUUUACUUUGAUCAAGGAAGGAGAACCAAAGCUCUCCUGGACACUGGACUCACAGCCUCUCUCCAAUGGGCAGUUUCAGGCCCUGUUCCCUGUGGGCCCUGUGAUUCCUGGGCACAGGUGGACGUUCAGAUGCUAUGGCUAUUACGGGAACUUACCCCAUGUAUGGUCAGAGCCCAGUGACCCCCUGGAGCUCCUGAUCUCAGGUGUGUCUAAGAAGCCCUCCCUCCUCACCCUGCAUGGCUCUGUCCUGGCCCCUGGACAGAACCUGACCCUCCAGUGUCAUUCUGACGUCGGCUACAACAGAUUUGCUCUGUCCCAGGAUGAAGGACAUGUCCUCACCCAGCACCCUGGAGAACAGCCCCAGGCUGGGCUCUCUCAGGCCGACUUCCCCCUGGGCCCUGUGAAUGGCUCCCACAGGGGUCAGUACAGAUGCUACGGUGGAUACAACCACUCCUCAGAGUGGUCAGCCCCCAGUGACCCCCUGGACAUCCUGAUCUCAGGAAAUCUCUCUCACAAACCCUCCCUCUCAGUGCAGCCGGGUUCCAGGGUGGCUUCAGGAGAGGAUGUGACCCUGCGUCAGUCACUGAGCCCAAUGGACACUUUCCUUCUGACCAAGGAGGGAGUAGCCAAUUGCCCCCUGCAUCUCAGAUCAAAGUCUACAUCUGGGCAGUUCCUGGCUGAAUUCUCCAUGAGUUCUGUGACAUCAGCCCACAAGGGGACCUACAGGUGCUAUGGCUCACACAGCUCUUCUCCCUACCUAUUGUCACUGCCCAAUGAACCCAUGGAGCUCAUGGCCUCAGCCCCACACACCAAGGAUCACACUGUGGAGAAUCUCAUCCGCAUGGGCACGGCUGUCUUGAUCCUGGUGGCCCUGGGGAUUCUGCUAUUUCGGGAGUGGCCUGGCCAGAGAAGCCCCCAAGAUGUCACCAGGAAUUAACUCUAGAGAUAGCCAAGCACCAUCCAGAGUGGAAGAAGCUUGGAGAUAACUCUGAUGCUCCCAGAAGAUUCUGAAAUAAAAUCUAGGGCAUGUGCUAUCAGGACUGU